CGCGCCUCAAACGCAGCUCAUACGCACGCAGUUGCAGCGAGACGUUGCGGCACAUCUGCAUUCUUGCUAAUCUACACAUUCGUAAGCGAAAACGGCGCGUUCAAACGUCCUACGGGCGCGUUUUUUGGCGUGCAAAUCCAUACUGCGGGCUGUCUGCGCUGCAAAAAGCAUACGCGACGUGAUAAGUUCACUGCAAAAGGUCGUAGUAAUCUUCUCCAACAAAUUGUAUUAAUCUUCUCCAACAAGCUGCACAAUAAUGAAAGUCUGUAUCAUCUACGGCAGUGAGUCCGGCAACUCGGAGCGCGCCGUCAAAGCUAUCGCGAAGACGUGGCAGGGGUCGAAUUUCGAGAUCGGCGAGAUCAUGGAGGGCGCGACGGCCGCGGUCCGAGGGUUCGCGGCGCUCGCGGAGCAGUACGACUUCCUGGUCGUCGCGACGUCGUCGAACGGCGAGGGCGACCCGCCGUUCAACUUUCAUCCGUUUUUGAAAGCCUUAUACGCGGCCGACGACGCGGGCGAGAAGCCGCUGACGGGCUGCGGCUUCGCGGUGUUGGGCUUCGGCUGCUCGCACUUCGACACGUUCCAGAAUUGCCCUCGUUUGACGGACAAGCUACUGGCAGACUUGGGAGCGAUCCGCGCCGUUUCCCGCGAGGAGUGCGACGACUCGGACGAGGAUCAUACCAAACAAGCCAAGGCCAAAUGGGGCGACGCUGUCCUCAAGGUCCUGCAAUCCGGCAAAAUUCCGAGCGCGCACGUCGGCGACUGGGCCGACGCCUGCACGCAGAACGGCGCGACGAUUCUCGACAAGCACGACGACAUGCUCGUCGCGGCCUGCGUGGAAAUCAACCAGUGCGUCGGGUGCACCCGACAAUUCUUCACUAAGUCAUUUCUUGGCGACGAUGCGGCCGUGCUGGCUCGGUCGAGCGGUGAGGAACCGGCAUCACCACGCCAUCGAGCAGGCGUCGCGUCGAUGGCGUGGAGGCCGACGCGACGAGUCAGCACGAACGCGUCGUAAAACUUUGAUUUACACACAGGUCGCGGCGGCCCAGGGGGCGCCGUCCGUGCCGUUGCUCGUCUUCGGCGCGCUGGCCGUCGCCGCGGCCGGCGUCGCCGUGAGCAAGUUCGCCGCGCUGACCGGCGAAGUCGCCGUCUGAUAGAAGACCCUUCUGUUCCUCUCCCCAAGUAACACGUACACGUACACAC